AAAAGAAAUCCAACUAAAGAACACGUCACUUAAUGUUGCAGCUUUAUCCAAAAAUGGACGCCAUCUCAUCCAAAUCUCAACACCUAUAUCGCUUUCUUUAUCCCCUUCACAUCUCCCAAUACCAUUUUUUUCUUCUUCUUCCCUUCAACUCUAUUUAUUUCCUUUUCUGUCUCUCCCUCAAUCCAUCUGCACAAUUCAAGUCCAUUACAGAUUUUUGGUUCUCUGAAUACCCUUUUGCCUGCUCUUUCCGGGUGUGCAAUUACCGAAGAUUGUAGGGUUUGGUUAUCAAGAUUCUGAGGAACCCAUUUGGCUGCUCUAUUUCAAGAUUUCAAGAUUUGCAUGGUUUUUUUGUCUGCUCACGAGGUUCAAUUUUGUGACUCUUGAUCCUUAAACUUAUGCUUAUAUUUUAUAUCUUCGGAAUUGAUUGUUAAUUCUUGAAAAGCAUCUGUAUUUUUUCUUUUUUGUUGAAUUACAUCAAGUAUAGAGCUUGAAUAUCUAAAUUUGGAGACACAACACAAAUUCAGCUGCUUUAUUUUCCUAGCUGUACAGAAUUUUCAGGGUUUAAUAAAAAUUUGAUUAAAUACAUAAUUUUGAUUAAAGAUAACAUUUUUGUUAUUUUAGCCAAGAAAUGGAUAUAAGUAAUGAGGCAAGUGUUGAUCCCUUUUCAAUUGGACCCUCAACUAUCAUUGGUAGGACUAUUGCUUUUAGGGUCUUAUUCUGCAAGUCCUUUUCGCAUUUAAGGCGUCAGAUUUAUCAGGCCCUAGUGUAUUACAUGUAUAGAUUUAGGAACGUUUCUGCUUCCAUGUUGUCAUGGUUGCAUCCCAGGAAUCCACAAGGGAUAUUGGCCAUGGUGACGAUUAUAGCGUUUCUGUUGAAACGGUAUGCGAAUGUGAAAGUGAGAGCGGAGAUGGCGUAUCGAAGGAAAUUUUGGAGAAAUAUGAUGAGAACUGCGUUGACAUAUGAGGAGUGGGCACACGCGGCUAAGAUGCUUGAUAAAGAGACGCCGAAGAUGAAUGAGUGCGAUCUUUACGAUGAGGAACUAGUGAGAAAUAAGCUUCAGGAGCUUAGACAUCGUCGACAAGAGAGAUCUCUUAGAGAUAUUAUAUUUUGUAUGAGAGCUGAUCUUAUUAGAAAUCUUGGUAAUAUGUGCAAUCCGGAGCUUCAUAAGGGUAGGCUUCACGUUCCGAGGCUCAUAAAGGAAUAUAUUGAUGAGGUUUCGACUCAGUUGAGGAUGGUUUGUGAUUCUGAUUCAGAGGAGCUUUCAUUGGAAGAGAAGCUUGCUUUCAUGCAUGAAACGAGACAUGCUUUUGGCCGAACAGCUUUGCUUUUGAGUGGAGGUGCUUCCCUUGGAGCAUUUCAUGUGGGUGUGGUUAAAACACUAGUGGAACAUAAACUCUUACCCAGAAUAAUUGCUGGUUCAAGUGUGGGGUCCAUUGUGUGUUCCGUGGUUGCGACCAAAUCAUGGCCAGAGCUGCAAAGUUUUUUCGAGGAUUCACUUAACUCAUUGCAGUUUUUCGAUCAGAUCGGUGGGCUUUUUACUGUUGUGAAGAGGGUGGCAACACAAGGAGCUGUUCACGAUAUCCGGCACUUGCAAUGGAUGUUAAGGCAUCUCACGAGUAAUCUUACAUUUCAAGAAGCUUAUGAUAUGACAGGUCGGAUUCUAGGGAUCACAGUAUGCUCACCUAGGAAGCAUGAGCCUCCUAGAUGUCUGAACUACCUCACUUCACCCCAUGUUGUCAUAUGGAGUGCAGUCACAGCUUCCUGCGCCUUUCCUGGUCUUUUUGAAGCUCAGGAAUUAAUGGCGAAGGACAGGAGUGGAGAAAUUGUUCCGUAUCAUCCACCUUUCAAUCUAGAUCCAGAGGAAGGAUCAAGUGGGUCUGCACGUCGGUGGAGGGAUGGUAGCUUGGAGAUUGACUUACCAAUGAUGCAAUUGAAGGAACUGUUUAACGUCAAUCAUUUUAUAGUGAGUCAGGCCAAUCCCCAUAUUGCUCCAUUGUUGAGAUUGAAGGAGUUUGUCAGGGCUUAUGGUGGUAAUUUUGCUGCCAAGCUUGCUCAUCUCGCUGAGAUGGAGGUAAAGCAUAGAUGUAAUCAGGUAUUGGAACUUGGUUUUCCGUUAGGAGGACUCGCUCGGCUUUUUGCUCAAGACUGGGAGGGGGAUGUCACUGUUGUUAUGCCUGCCACACUUGCUCAGAUUUCAAAAAUUAUACAAAAUCCAACUCAUAUGGAGCUUCAAAAGGCAGCAAAUCAAGGGAGAAGGGGCACUUGGGAAAAACUUUCAGCCAUUAAAGGCAACUGUGGAAUUGAGCUUUGCCUUGAUGAAUGUGUUGCAAUCCUCAACCACAUGCGUAGACUAAAAAGGAGUGCCGAAAGAGCUGCUGCUGCUUCUCAUGGUCUAACCAGCACCACUGCACCCGCUGUCAGAUUCAGUGCUUCUAAAAGAAUUCCUUCUUGGAACUGCAUUGCUCGAGAAAACUCAACUGGCUCGCUCGAAGAGGACUUUCUUGCUGAAGUUGCAUCCACGUUCCAUCAAGGUGUUGGCGGAGCUGGAACAGCUGCACUUCCCAGUAGAAAUUUCCGGGCCCACCGUUAUACGCAUGAUGGAAGUGAUAGUGAAUCUGAAAGUGCAGAAGUAAAUUCUUGGACGAGAACUGGUGGGCCAUUGAUGAGGACUACUUCCGCAAAUAAAUUUAUCGACUUUGUUCAAAAUCUGGAUGUUGAUACCGAAUUGGGGCGAGGCUUAAUGGCUCAUCCUAUUUCUCCGGUGGCUCAGAUGGGAAUCAGGGAUCCAUAUAUUCAGAGCCCUAGGCUGACAACACCAGAUAGGAAUUCUGAAAGUGAAAAUGAUCAGAGGGAUUGUAGCACUAGACCGUCUUUGAGUGGCUCUAGUAUUACCGUGACUGAAGGCGAUCUUUUGCAACCGGAAAGGAUUCAUAAUGGAUUUGUGUUGAAUGUUGUAAAGAAGGAGAAUUUAGCAUUCUCCAAUAGGGCCCAGGACUUGGAGAACUGCAAUACUGAAGUUCCUGAAUAUGUUCAGCUUGACAGCCCGGAAAGGGACCCAGAUGCUACCUCAGCAUCUGAUUAUGCUGGCGAUGAUGACGAUGACGACGAUGAUAACGACGGUGAUGAAGAUGAUGUCACUGCAGAAAAUUUCAUGAACAAUAAUGAUUCUACACCUCAGAAUGGACAAGAUCAAACUUUUGCAGAUGAAUAAAGUUUAAUGUGGGUUUUGAUUUACAAGAACGUUUGAUUUUGACUGGAGAAAUGAAUCAUAGCCUAAACAUCCUAGUUCAUCAGGAGUUCAUGUGUCGCCCUGUCGGACAGUAACUGUUUGUUAUGCGACUCGAACACAGGUUUGCAAGUGAUGAAUGAUGAUGAGUUGAGAGAGUCUGCAUGUACCAAUUGCAUUUUCAUUUAGACUAAUAUCUGUAAAUACCACCACAUGUACGCUUCAUACUUACAGUUCAAUGAAUGAAACAGAUUUCUUUUUCUAAA